CAGAUCAGCCCUUUUGCUGCUCGACUUGGUAGCUAACAACAGCUACGGCCUUUCUCCUUUCUCCCUCAUCUCUGCUCUUCUAGGGGAAAAAAUGGAUCCCACACGGGAAUUAAAAGAAGAACUCCAACUAUACCAGUCUACCCUUCUUCAGGAUGGUCUGAAAGAACUUCUCGAUGAAAAUAAGUUUGUUGAUUGCUUCCUGAAAGCUGGAGAGAAAAGUCUACCUUGUCACAGGCUCAUUCUUGCUGCUUGUAGUCCUUACUUCAGGGAGUUCUUCUUAUCUGAUGAAAGUGAGGAGAAGAAAAAAAAUAUGGAGUUAGACAAUGUAGAGCCAGGUGUAAUGGAAUCCAUUCUUAAAUACCUAUAUUCUGCCGACAUUGAUCUUGAUGAUGGGAAUGUCCAGGAUAUUUUUGCAUUGGCCAGUCGUUUCCAGAUCCCAUCUGUAUUCACUGUUUGUGUCACUUAUCUUCAGAGACGACUCUCAACUGCGAAUUGCCUGGCUAUCUUCAGGUUGGGUCUUCUCCUGGACUGUCCACGGCUUGCUGUCACCGCACGUGAUUACGUAUGUGAUCGAUUUAGCCAAAUAUGUAAUGAAGAUGAUUUUCAGCAGCUAGCCCCUCAUGAGCUGAUUGCUGUCAUUUCCAGUGAUAGCUUAAAUGUAGAAAAUGAAGAAAUUGUGUUUGAGGCUGUGAUGAAGUGGGUUAGGACAGACAAGGAGAACAAAGUCAAAAAUCUGGUGGAGGUCUUUGACUGCAUUCGUUUUCGCUUAAUGACUGAAAAAUAUUUCAAGGAUCAUGUAGAAAAAGAUGAUCUGAUUAAAGGUAAUCCUGAAAUACAGAAAAAGAUUAAGGUGAUUAAAGAUGCCUUUGCAGGCAAACUGCCUGAGCCAGCCACGGAUAAGGCAGUAGAUGGCGAUGUUGGAGAUGAAGACUUACUUCCUGGAUAUCUGAAUGACAUUCCUAGGCAUGGCAUGUUUGUCAAAGACCUGGUCCUCCUGGUCAGUGACACUGCUACCGUAGCUUAUGAUCCUUUAGAAAAUGAAUGCUUUUUGGUCGCACUGUCUGAGCAGAUUCCAAGAAAUCAUUCCAGCAUAGUCACUAUAUCAAAACAAGUCUAUGUCAUUGGAGGUUUGUAUGUGGAUGAGGAAAAUAAGGAUCAGCCAUUACAGUCCUACUUCUUCCAGCUGGACAGCAUUGGUGGGGAAUGGAUUGGGCUGCCACCUCUACCAUCGGCCAGGUGUCUUUUUGGCCUGGGUGAGGCAGAUAAUUGUAUCUAUGCCAUCGCUGGCAAAGACCUGCAGUCUGAAGAGUCACUGGAUACCGUGUUCUGUUAUGAUGUUAAAGCAAUGACUUGGAAAGAGGCAAAGAAACUCCCACUCAAGGUUUACGGACAUUCUGUAGUGUCACAUAAUGGACUGGUCUAUUGUAUUGGAGGCAAAACAGAUGACAAGAAAUGUACUGGCAGAAUGUUUGUAUUCAAUCCCAAGAAAGGAGACUGGAAAGACCUUCCUCCGAUGAGGACAGCCCGCUCCAUGUUUGGUGUUGCUGUUCAUAAGGAGAAGAUCUUUAUUGUCGGUGGUGUCACAGAUGAAGGUUUAACCGCAUCAGUGGAAGCUUAUGAUAUUACCAGCAACAAAUGGGAAACAAUCCAGGAAUUCCCCCAGGAAAGAAGCUCCAUCAACAUGGUCAGUUUAGCAGGGUCACUGUACGCUAUUGGAGGAUUCGCAAUGGUUCAGCUAGAAUCACAGGAGUUCGCACCUUCAGAGGUCACGGAUGUCUGGAAGUUUGAAGAUGACAAGAAGGAAUGGAGCGGAAUGCUGAAGGAAAUACGUUACGCCUCUGGAGCCACCUGCCUUGAAUCACGCCUUAAUCUUUUUAAGCUCACAAAGCUGUAAUAAUGCAACAUGGUUUUUCAUUUUACAACUGAUUAAAUAAUUGUUGUUUGCUACUGCUGUUCUAUUAAUAAACAAUAGGUUGUACAGAAAUUUAUAGUUAAAUGAAUAAAGGUUUUGAACUUUGACGUUUAAUCACAUCAAAACAAA